UUAUUUUUCAUUUGAAAUGUUGUGGGGCACAGACCGGCAGAUUCAGCUUUACAGAGUGGUUGGAAGAUGGCGCUCUGGCGUCACUGUCAUAGGCCAAUGCCCUAUCCAGAUUAUAUUAUAGAGAUCAGUGAUUUUUUGCUUGUGGCGGUGUUUACUUGUGUAAUUAGUAAAUUACCUCCCUUAGCUUAAUCACUCAAUGUGGCCCUUUGCUAUCUCUACUUAGUACUUCAGUCGUAAUAAAUUAGUAACCGUAGUUACCAAAAUAAGCAUGUUUGUAGUACAAGUGCCUUCGCUGAUACGACUUCGCUAUCUCGGCGCGUUUGUUUACUGUUGCCUGACGGCUGGCGUGUUGUGAUCAGCUGUUGUGGUACGCCUUCACGUGACAGCUGAAUUACCGGUAUCCUGCUGGUUCUUACCGGUAUGGGAAGGAUUUAGCGCAGGCCGUGGCAAGUUGCGGCACUUAUAAUAUUACCUAGGGCAUACUCUCUGCAAACAGUGCAAUGCACGUAACUUAUGAUUUGCACCAAGGUCUGACGGCAGCAUUGAACUCACAUAUAGACAUGUCUGCAGGAUACAUCUAGUCUGACUAGUUUUGAAUGAAUCAUGAAUGUGCCAUAUAUAACCUAGCAGAUUGCCACAUACUGGUGAGUGUUUGUUGAGGAUGUCCCAGAGGGCUCCUGUCCACUAACUAAAGGACUAGGAGACGUCAAACGGUAAAAGAAGAAGAAGAAGAAGAAGAAGAAGAAGAAGGAGAAGAAUACAAAAAAGGGGCGAAGGAGGAGUAGAAGAAGAAGAAGCAGCAGAGGAUCAGCUUGAAGAAGGUAACAAACAAAGAAGAAGAAUCAUAAUAAAGAAGAAACAGAAGAAAGGAACUGCAACAAACAACUUCAAAUCGAAAACAUGCAUCGCUACGAGAACACGAUGCGCCGAAACCGCGGUAUCCCGCGCGUGACCCCCCCGGCGACCGACCUCUCGCGCUGGCGCCUCACGUGCGUCGACGGCCGCCAGACGUGGCGUUACCACGACGACGACAACAAACCCGACCGCGCGCAGACUCCGCUCGAACGCCACUCGCUAGGCGUCGCCACCGACAGCGACCGGACUCCGGCGACGACCGCCGCUGAUGCCGCGCGCCGAGCCGCGGAGUUCUACUGCUCGAUUCAAGCGGAGGACGGCCACUGGGCGGGGGAUUACGGAGGUCCGCUGUUUCUCCUGCCAGUUCUCAUCAUCGUCUGCCAUUUUACGGGCGCGGCAUGCAUCGCCGAGCCACAGAGGAAGGAGAUCCUACGGUAUUUGCGCUCGGUGCAGUGUCCCGACGGCGGAUGGGGGCUGCACGUCGCCGGGCCACCCACCGUGUUCGGAUGCACGAUGAACUACAUCGCGAUGCGUCUGCUCGGGGUUGCCGCGGGCGACCCGGACCUCGUCCGCGCCCGUGAGCUCCGCCACACGCUAGGUGGCGCUACAGCUAUUCCGUCGUGGGGAAAGUUCUGGCUGUGUCUGCUAAACGUGUAUCACUGGGAAGGGAUGCACUCUCUGCUGCCAGAGAUGUGGCUUGCACCGACAUGGCUGCCCGUACAUCCGUCGAAACUAUGGUGCCAUUGCAGACAGGUCUACCUUCCGAUGGCCUACUGUUAUGGGGCGCGCAUACAGCAUCCAGAGACGGAGCUCAUCCGAGCACUUAGAAAGGAACUUUAUAUUUGCGAUGCAGGCAUCGACUGGCCGAGUCAGAGAAACAACUGCGCGCCUAGUGACCUCUACACUCCGCACACCCGUCUGCUGGAUUGCAGCUAUGUUCUCAUCGACAUGUAUGAGGCAUACCACAACACCACGAUACGAAAGAUGGCGCUGUCAGAGCUCUACCAGCAUAUUUGUGCUGAAGACCAGUACACGAAUUACAUCAGUAUUGGACCGAUAUCAAAAGUCUUGAACAUGCUUGUCAGGUGGAGCGUGGACGGCGCGGACUCGGCGGCGUUCCGUCGUCACGUGUCUCGCGUUGACGACUACCUGUGGAUGGGAGUCGACGGCAUGAAGAUGACGGGAACUAACGGCUCGCAGCUGUGGGACACGGCGUUUGCAGCUAGCGCCCUCUGUGAGGCGGACACGGCGUUUGCAGCUAGCGCCCUCUGUGAGGCGGGCGCGGCGGAGGCGCCGUCGCUGCGGCCGUCGCUGCGGCGCGCUCGCUCCUUCAUCGAACGCAUGCAGGUGCGAGACGCUCUCCCGGAUGGCGAAAAGUAUUACCGACAUCCGCCACUAGGUGGCUUCCCGUUCAGCACGCGUGACUGCGGCUGGAUCGUGUCGGACUGCACGGCCGAGGCCCUCCGCGCGCUCCUCGAACUUCGCGAGCAUUGCCGCGGCGACGACCUCGCUCCCGUCGUCGACGACGACCGCCUCCGCGCCGCCGCCGACUCGCUGCUGUCGUUCGCGAACCCCGGCGGUGGUGUCGCCACCUACGAGACGACGCGCGGCAGUGGCGCCCUCGAGUGGCUGAACCCGUCGGAGGUUUUCGGCGACAUUAUGAUCGAUCACCCGCACGUCGAGUGCACGUCGGCGGCCGCGACGGCGCUCUCUUGUUUCCGGCGCGCCUUCCCUGCGCACCGCCCCGCCGACGUCGACGCGUUCAUCCAGGGGGCGCUGGGGUACGUGCGCGGGCGGCAGCGCGCGGACGGAUCCUGGGAGGGAGCCUGGGCUGUCUGCUUCACGUACGCGACCUGGUUUGCUCUGGAGGCGCUCACAAGCGCAGGCCGUUGCCAUGACGACGCCGCGGUCGCCGCGGGAUGCGAGUUCCUCGUCUCGCGGCAGCGCGCGGACGGAGGCUGGGGCGAGGCGUUCGAAAGCUGCGAGCAGCGGCGAUACGUCGCCGCCGCCCGCCCCCAGGUGGCGCAAACGUGCUGGGCGCUGCUCGGGCUCAUGGCGGCGCGGUGGCCGGACGCGCGCGCGAUCGAACGUGGCGUGGGAUUCCUCGUCCGCUCCCAGCUUCCGUCGGGGGACUGGCCGGCGGACGACGUUGUUGGUGUGUUUAAUCGGUCGUGCGGGAUCAACUACGCGAGUUAUCGCAACGUGUUCCCGAUCUGGACCCUCGGACGCUUCUGCCGACUCUACCCCGACCACGCCUUCGCGAGAGAUGUAGGUGGAGGCGGUGACUGAGGCCUAAAAAAAAAGACGUUUGUUUCCGCUAACCCGACCGAGUCCAUUUUAAACUGCCGUGUCGAAACUUUUUAUUGU